AUUCUGAACGAGUUGAGUUUAAUAUCACUGUGUUGCCGCCAUGAAAGAUGUUACCGGGUACCUCAAACAACAGCAGAGCAACAGCUCAACGCCAGAGUUGGCGACUGAGUGGCACACACUGGAGGAUUUGCACAACAAAAGGUUGUGGCAUCAGCUGACACUGAGAUUGACAGACUUCGUUAAAGAUCCUUGUUUCAAAAACGGAGAUGGCCUUAUCCAGCUCUAUGAAAACUUCAUCAGUGAUUUUGAACACAGAAUCAAUCCUUUGUCACUCAUGGAGAUCAUUCUAUAUGUUGCCAGACAGAUGACAGAUCCCAAAGAUGCCAUCACUUUUCUUGAGAAGACCAAAGAAAAAGUGAAAAGCAGUGAAGAAGCUGUCAUUCUCUGCAAGACGUCCAUUGGCAGUCUCAAACUUGAAAUCAAUGAUCUUCCGGCAACCAAGAAACUAAUUGAGGAGGUUGAGGAAAUGUUGAAUAAUUUGCCAGGUGUUACAUCGGUGCAUGGCAGGUUUUAUGACCUCUCGAGCAAAUAUUAUCGCAUCAUUGGGAACCACGCCUCUUAUUACAAGGAUGCUCUCAGAUACCUUGGUUGCGUGGACAUUAAAGACCUUCCAGAGACGGAGAAGCAGGAAAGAGCCUUCACAUUGGGACUUGCUGGUCUGUUGGGAGAGGGCGUGUACAACUUUGGCGAACUGUUGAUGCACCCUGUACUGGAGUCCUUAAGAAACACAGACAAGCAGUGGCUCAUUGACACACUGUAUGCAUUCAAUGGAGGCAAUGUAGAAAAAUUCCAAGGCUUCAAGUCUGCAUGGGGCCAGCAGCCUGACCUUGCAGCACACGAACCCAAACUGAUGCAGAAGAUCCAGCUGCUCUGUGUGAUGGAGAUGACUUUCACACGUCCAGCAAACAACCGUCAGCUGACAUUCACAGAAAUUGGUCAGAGUGCCAAAAUCCCUGUUAAUGAGGUGGAACUUCUGGUGAUGAAGGCUCUGUCUGUUGGCCUCAUUAAAGGCAACAUUGAUGAGGUGGACAAGAAGGUUCAGAUGACCUGGGUUCAGCCUAGGGUGUUGGACUUGCAGCAGAUCAAAGGUAUGAAGGAACGUUUGGACUUCUGGUGCGGAGAUGUUAAGAACAUGGCCAUGCUAGUGGAACAACAAGCCCAUGACAUCCUCACCUAAGACCUCCUGAAUUAUUGUCAACAUCCCUCUUUGACCAGUAAAGCCUAUUCUGUUCUGUUUAUUUGUUUUUCUAUUGGACUGCAUCGUUUCGGUUACUGGCACUUUUCAUAUCCAACUGUUGUUUUACAAAAUAAAUUUGCUUGUAGUAUUAUCACGAUAUGGACAAACUCUCCAUAACCUGAAUAAAAUGUUGACAAAAGUCAA